AUGGCUCUGCAUUCUCCGUGCACGACGCUGUUUUCUCGCUUCUGGCAGCCACGCCGUGACUCACGGUGGAGGAGAAGAAGGUAUGGCCAGCAGCGACGUGGUGGCCAGCGUCUUUCGUGGUGGCUAGCGGCGAUUCUCUGCAAAAACAUUGCUGCUACUUUUGUUGGGAUUCACCUGCUUUUUCUUAGGAAGGGAAUCUGGUUCGGAAACGAGGGAAAGACGUGGAUUAACUUGGAAAGCAUAGAAUUUAAAGCAAGAAACAUGUCUUGGCUGGAUCAGUGCACAACAGUGAGAGGAAGUAAUAUAGAUUCCCACUACAUAGUAAAUGCCAACGACUAUGAAAUGACAGAAUAUGAAAGGGUUGGGCAUCAACAUCUUCCACUCUCAUCUACUUCUUCACUUGCUCCUCGUAAUGCAAGGCACACUGCAACUGCCAUCCCCUUGGUACCAAGAUUUGGGUUGCAAGUUCCAACUCCUCCAUUAGAGAAUGUAAGAGUGAGUCCCCGAAGAUAUCAUGAAACAGCGGGAAGUAGAAGCAGCCACAGACAUCCCCAUACGUUGUACCCUUCCUUUUAUUAUUACUCCAUCCACUUUGAUUAUCCAUUACGUCUUGUUCCAUCGUAUACACUUCCAACAAAUCCUUCAACCUCUUCCUCAAUGCCCAUACAACAUGCACCAUUUGCACAUCACUCUCAACCUCUUAGACACAACAUGGACAUUCAGGACAUGUCAUAUGAGGACAUUCAGAACAUGUCAUAUGAGGAUCUUCUUGACUUAGCUGAACGAAUUGGCAAGGUAGACACGGGUUUGCCUGAUGAAAUUAUUGCAAGACAAAUGAAGACAGAAACUUAUCAACCUCCUAAUCACUUGGAAGAGGCAACGUCUCAGGAACAAGAAAUUGAUCUUUGCGUGAUAUGUCAGGAUGAAUAUAAGAUCCAAGAAUCAAUUGGAAUUCUUCAAUGCGGACAUCGAUACCACACAGAUUGUAUAACCACAUGGUUACAUGAGAAAAAUGAGUGUCCCAUCUGCAAAUCAAAAGCAUUGAAUAUAGAAUAG